AAACCCGUUUAGAAGAAGCAACAUGGAGGGAGUUCUUCUCAAAGUGUAUAAUUAUUGCUGGGAUUCGUCGAUAUGGUUUCCAGAAGGAAUGAAAUGGUCGGAUUUGGAAAGCAAAGAUCCGAAUAUUUAUUUUGGAAAGCCCAAAGAUAUCCAUUGGUGUGUCGUUGUUGGGAUGAUUUUGUUGGUAGUACGAUUUGUUUGUGAAAUUGUUCUAUUAAGACCUAUGGGAAGAUAUUUUAAAAUCAAGGAAUCUAAACCUCAAUUAAGCCCUAAUGAAUCCUUAGAAGUGGCUUUUAAUCAGUACAAAGGUCGGCUACCAGAAAUAGAAAUAGAGAAAAUAUCCAAACAGACUGAUAUGAGAGAAUUAGAUGUUAUUAAAUGGCUGUCGAUACGCAGAAAUCAAAAUAAUCCAACAUCAAUGUUUAAAUUCUGUGAAGUUUGUUGGCAUUUUAUAUUAUAUGUAUCAUUGUUUAUAUUUGGUAUAGUUGUUAUGAAAAAUAAGCCUUGGUUAUGGAAUUCACAGCAUUUUUGGAAAGAUUGGCCCCAGCCCACAGACAAUGAUAUAUAUUGGUAUUAUUUAAUAGAAAUGGGGGCCUACUGGUCUUUUCUUUUCACUAUAUUUAUAGACACAAAAAGAAAGGAUUUCUAUGAAAUGACUAUCCAUCAUUUUGCUACAUUGACAUUAUUAUAUUUAUCAUGGUGUGCCAGUUUUACACGAGUUGGCUCCUAUAUAUUAUUAUUACAUGAUGCAGCUGAUGGUUGGCUGGCUUCAGCUAAAAUAACAAACUAUUGUAAAUAUACCAAAUUAUGUGAAUUUUGUUUUGCUAUGUUUGCUCUGGUUUGGAUUGUGACCAGAUUAGGCAUUUAUCCAUAUGUGCCAUUAUAUAGUGUAAUAGUAGAAAUACAUGAACAUAUUGGACACUUUCCUAUCCAUAAAAUCUUUGUUGUUUUACUGGUAUUACUACAGUUACUUCACAUCAUGUGGACAUAUUACUUACUUAAAGUAAUUGUACAAAAAUGUCAAACAGGAGAGGUGAAGAAAGAUGCACGAAGUGAUUCUGAUGAUACAGAUUCUAGUGAUACAGAACAACCCAUUAAUGGUGUUCCUGUCCAUAAUUCCAAGAACAAAGGAGAUGCUCAACUUACACGAAAAUCAAAUUAAUUUACAGAAAAGCUAAAAUUUUUCUUUUCACUUUUGUCUUUUCAAAUUCAAGACAAACAUUUUUCAAAAUUCAUAUGAUCAAAACUUGCAGAUCACAAAUAUAUGCAUGGAGAGAGAUCUGCAUGUUAUGAUUUUUGGAGAAAAAACAAAUUUCUUACGAAAAGAUAUUGAAAGCUUUGAACAUGAAAAAAUCGUCAG